AUGCCUUCCAAACGAACACAAGCCCCCAGCUCCUCCACGCUUUCGUCCGGCCCAGCAGUCCUAUCCUCUAAUUCCUCCGUAUACCAAAUCGCCCACCAUGUAUGGCAGCAGUACCUCACCACAACGCCGCAGCGCACCAUGAUGCUUGACGCCUUCAUGGUGUUUUUGUUGUUUGUCGGCGCCGUGCAAUUCCUCUAUUGCGUUUUGGCUGGAAACUACCCCUUCAAUGCCUUUCUGAGCGGGUUCUGCGCCGCGGUGGGCCAGUUCGUGCUUACGGCUAGUUUGCGUAUGCAGACGAGUAGCGAGCAGAAGGGGUGGAACAGUAAGCCCAGUUCGAAGGGGAAGAAUGCGCGGUUUGCGGCGGCGGAAGGUGGGGAGGAGCAGGGUGCGGUGUCUCAUGAGAGGGCGUUUGCGGAUUACAUCUUCGGGAGCUUGAUUCUGCACUUUUUCUGUAUCAAUUUCAUCAACUGA